CGAGCGGCUCCCCCGCCGAGACUGCCCGGCGCGGCUGACGGUGAUAUGAUAAGUGUAGCCAAGCUCAUCUCUACCUAGGAGACAUUCUCCCCCGAGGAGCAGUCCUCUUUUGCUGGACAUGCUUACAGAACUGCGUAGCCAUGGACCUCAAGGAGAAGUGUCAGGAUGAGAUGACCUCAAGUUUGGGCCUUACCACAAAGAAAGCCCUCACAAUCCUGAGAGACCAGUUGUCAGCACUGCUGGAGGGGCAUCAGAAGGAACGGAAAAAAGUGACUUCAUGGAAGGAGGUGUGGAGGAGCAGUUUUCUGUACCAUGGUAACCGUUGUUCUUGUUUCCACUGGCCUGGUGCAUCUCUCAUGCUUCUGGCAGUGCUGUUGCUGCUGUGCUGCUAUGGGAGCCAGCCACAGGGGAGCCAAGGUGCUGAGAUAGUUAAUGCACUGGCACUCUUCCUCCUUCUCCUCUUGGAUCUCUUCAUGAUUGGGCGUCAAGAGAGGCUGAAGUGCAGAGAGGUGGAGAGGAGACUUCAGACAAUCGUUGAUAAGAUAAAUGAUACACUUGGCAAAGACGUGAAAUGGCCAGACUCCAUGUACCCUGACCUUCACAUGCCUUAUGCCCCAUCCUGGUCCCUUCAUUGGGCCUACAGGGAUGGUCAUCUUGUUAACCUGCCUGUGAGCUUGUUAGUAGAAGGAGAUGUCAUUGCUUUGAGGCCAGGCCAGGAGUCAUUUGCUUCUCUGAGAGGGAUUAAGGAUGAUGAGCACAUAGUUCUGGAGCCAGGAGAUCUGUUUCCACCUUUCUCACCUCCACCCUCCCCAAGGGGAGAAGUGAAGAAGGGACCUCAGAACCCUCAGCUGUAUCGUCUCUUCCGUGUCUUGAAGACCCCAAUAAUUGAUAAUGUCAGGUGGUGUCUGGAAAUGGCUUUGUCACGUCCUGUGACAGCCCUGGAUAAUGAGAGAUUCACUGUACAGUCAGUGAUGCUGAAAUAUGCUGUCCCUAUUGUACUGGCUGGUUUCCUGAUCACCAAUGCUGUGCGCUUCAUUUUCAAAGCUCCUGGAAUUGCUUCUUGGCAGUACACUCUUCUUCAGCUACAGGUGAAUGGUGUCCUACCCAUCCUUCCAUUGCUCUUUCCCGUCCUGUGGAUUCUUGCUACAGCCUUUGGAGAAGCCAGAGUCUUGGCCCAGAUGAGCAAGGCCUCAUCCACCUCACUGCUUGCUAAGUUUUCAGAGGACACUCUCAGCAGCUACACAGAGAUGGUAUCUUCUCAGGAAAUGAUACGCUGUAUCUGGAGCCACUUCCUCUGUGUUUUAAAAGGCAAAUCCCCAACUCUGAGCUUCACUUCCAGCUUGCUCCAUAGUCUGGGAUCUGUCACUGUGCUCUGCUGUGUAGACAAGCAGGGGAUUCUUUCCUGGCCAAACCCCAGCCCAGAGACUGUUCUGUUCUUCAGUGGGAAGGUGGAACCACCUCAUGAUAGCCAUGAAGAUCUGACUGAUGAGCUCUCUACACGGUCCUUCUGCCAUCCUGAGAUGGAAGACGAGCCCCACGAAAGAGAUGCUUUGCUCUCUGGCCCCCUGGCAGACACAGUCCACAUGACCAAUGAGCAAGAGAGGAGCAACUGGUCUAGUGACCCUCCAAAGGCUCCUGAUGCCCAUGCCCACCGAAAGCCAAACAGCAGAAGCAAGCAUCCCUCUGGGUCCAAUGUGAGUUUUAGCAAGGACACGGAGGGUGGAGAGGAGGAACAUACUCAGGUUAUUGGUGACAGUGAGGUGUUGGCUUGUGAGGCUGAAGACUUUGUGUGUGACUACCACCUUGAGAUGCUUAGCAUGUCCCAGGACCAGCAGAACCCCUCCUGCAUCCAGUUUGAUGACUCUAACUGGCAGAUGCACUUGAAUUCCCUCAAGCCUCUGGGCCUGAAUGUGCUGCUCAAUCUCUGCAAUGCCAGUGUGACAGAGCGUCUGUGCCGCUUCUCUGACCACCUCUGCAACAUUGCCCUCCAGGAAACUCACAAUGCCGUGCUGCCUGUCCAUGUGCCCUGGGGCCUCUGUGAGCUUGCCAGGCUAAUAGGUUUCACACCAGGUGCUAAAGAUCUUUUUAAGCAGGAGAACUAUUUGGCCUUGUACCGCUUGCCAAGUGAUGAGAUGGUUAAGGAAACAAUCCUGGGGAAGCUUUCAUCCAUCACCAAGAGGAGACCACCCCUGAGCCACAUGAUUAACCUGUUCGUGAAGGACACCACUACCAGCACUGAGCAGAUGUUUUCUCAUGGGACUGCUGACAUCAUCCUUGAGGCCUGCACAGACUUUUGGGACGGUACCGAUAUCUACCCCCUCUCUGGCUCUGACAGGAAGAAGGUCUUAGAUUUCUACCAGCGAGCCUGCCUCUCAGGAUACUGUUCUGCCUUUGCAUACAAGCCAAUGCAUUGUGCCUUGUCCUCCCAACUCAAUGGCAAGUGCAUAGAACUGGUGCAGGUCCCUGGGCAGAGUGCUAUCUUCACAUGCUGUGAUCUCCCCGGGACGACCCCCAUCAAACAGAGCAGUCGGAGGAAUAGCUGGAGCUCAGAUGAAGGGAUUGGGGAAGUGAUGGAGAAGGAAGACUGUAUCCAGGCUCUGAGCGGACAGAUCUUCAUGGGAAUGGUCUCAUCUCAGUAUCAGGCCCGUCUUGACAUUGUCCGCCUCAUUGAUGGAUUGGUCAAUGCCUGCAUUCGUUUUGUCUACUUCUCCCUGGAAGAUGAGCUUAAAAGCAAGGUGUUUGCUGAGAAGAUGGGUCUUGAGACCGGCUGGAAUUGCCACAUAUCUUUAACGCCUAAUGGUGAUGUGCCUGGCUCAGAGAUCCCUCCCUCUAGCCCCAGCCAUGCUGGCUCUCUGCAUGAUGACCUACAUCAGGUUUCUCGAGAUGAUGUGGAGGGGCUUCUGCUGAUGGAAGAGGAAGGGCACUCAGAUCUCAUCAGCUUUCAGCCAACAGACAGCGAUAUCCCCAGCUUCCUGGAGGACUGCAACAGGGCCAAACUCCCACGGGGGAUCCACCAGGUGAGACCUCACCUGCAGAACAUAGACAAUGUGCCUUUGCUGGUGCCCCUCUUCACAGACUGCACCCCGGAGACCAUGUGUGAGAUGAUCAAGAUCAUGCAGGAGUAUGGGGAGGUGACUUGCUGUCUGGGAAGCUCUGCCAACCUGCGGAACAGCUGCCUCUUCCUGCAAAGUGAUAUCAGUAUAGCACUGGACCCUCUCUACCCAUCUCGCUGCUCCUGGGAGACUUUUGGCUAUGCCACCAGCACCACCAUGACUCAUGUGUCUGAUGAGCUCACCCCGCUGCAGCUCUCGGGGCAACUCAACAGCCUGCCUUGCUCCAUGUCCUUCCGCCAAGAAGAGAGUACCAGCAUCAUCAGGCUUAUAGAGCAGGCCAGGCAUGCAACGUAUGGGAUCCGCAAGUGUUUCCUCUUCCUGCUGCAAUGCCAGCUGACCUUGGUUGUCAUUCAGUUCCUCUCCUGCCUGGUGCAGCUGCCCCCCAUCCUCAGUACCACAGACAUCGUGUGGCUCUCCUGUUUCUGCUACCCACUGCUGAGCAUCUCGCUCCUGGGCAAGCCUCCCCACAGCUCCAUCAUGACCAUGGCGACAGGAAAAAACUUGACUUCCAUUCCUAAGAAGACACAGCAUUACUUCCUGUUCUGCUUCCUGCUGAAAUUCAGCCUGACCAUCUGCUCCUGCCUCAUCUGCUUCGGGUUCACACUGCACGAGUCCUGCAAAGAGGUGAACACUACCAGCCUCAAUCUCACAGCCUGCUCCUCCAUUAUGCUGCACAGCGAUGCUGAUGGUGCUCCUGACUGGUUUGGGACAUUUUCCAAUGCUCUUCUUGUAGCCCAGAAGCUCACAGCUGGCCUGAUUGUUUUACAUACAGUGUUCAUAUCCAUCACCCACGUCCAUCGCACCAAGCCGUUGUGGAAGAAGAGCCCCCUCUCCAACCGGUGGUGGACGCUCACUGUGGCUGUUGUAUUGCUGGGGCAAGUGGCACAGACUGUGCUGGACCUGAAACUCUGGGAAAACCUCAAUUCUUCAUUGACCUUUAACCACGUUUCCAUCUCCCCGGUCUCAUGGCUCCUGGGUUUUCUUUCCUUGGUCCUUGUGGUUAUCAUCAAUGAGAUUGUCAAGCUGCAUGAAAUCAGGGUCCGGGUCCGUUACCAAAAGAGGCAGAAGUUGCAGUUUGAAACAAAGCUGGGGAUGAAUUCACCAUUUUAAACUCUCCCAGCUCGAGUUCCCUGAAGCCAGGGCCGCACAGCCACAUCCUGCACUGGGAGAGUGGCUGCACCAAAGGCUCAGGGAGUUUUCCCUCACACAUGCGAACCAGACAGCCUCCUUGCAAAACUACAUCAGCACCCUCCAGGAGGCCCCAGGCAGGGCACUGCUAUCAGGAUCCCCCAGCAGGUAUGCAGCCCCUCUCCAGCCUGCUAGGGUACUCUCAAGGGAGCCUGCAAGCUCUGGUGGCUGUUCAGGCUGCUCUUCUUUUAUUUAUUUAUUACUAGAGGUUUUUGUUAGUAUCAUGGUGAUGCUGAAAUGAAGUGACUCCUCUCUGUGUGAGCAGAUGGGUUUUCUGGACCUGGCAGGAGAAUCUGGGGCCAGCAAGGGAGACGUAGGGCUGCUGAAGCAAGAGAUCUCUAUUGAAACUCAUUUUGUUUUUCCAUCUCUGCCUGCUCUCCUGGAUGAUGUGUGUGUGCAUGCCUGUGUGUGCCCUCACCCACCUCCCUGUGUCCUGGAGGGAAGGAGCCAUCUCUCCUGCAGCUCCAGGAGUGCUAGGUGCCAGGUAAGGGCUGGAGCUGACAUUUCCAAGGGGACACUGGGAAGGGUCUCUGGCAGGGUGCUGGGAAAGCCCCUGCGAUGGCCAGGCUGUGCCAUGCCUGCCCUCUAGCGUUGUUGCUGUAGCCAUAUGCUGACUGUUGAGUGCUUCAAGAGAAGAGGGAUGAGACAGGGCUUUAAGAAAAGCUGUCUGCAUUUGAUCCUAGUGAUCCGGUGCAGAGAGAGUCAGGAGGGCAGCUCUGCCGGCCUGCAGGGAGUCAGCAUGGCUCAGCUUCCUCCAGCCCUGUUGAACCAGCUCUUACUUGCUUUAACAACCCCCAGAGAGGUUUAUAACUGUCCUCAUUUUUGUGAUUCGAAUUGCCAUUCUGCUUCAGUAAAAUGCCUGCUUGAGAAGGCCAUAGCUAGAGAUAAAACCUGAGACCUGCGUAUCCUGCCAUGGAGGGAAGGAGACAUCCUUCCAGGCAGGAUAUCUGCAUCUUGCAGUUGUGACUAACAUGGAGCUGGUGGACGGCUCCUUUCCCAGUCCUGGGAUUGUGCUGCAUCUGGUACUUGGUCUCCAAGGCACAGGGAAACCCCCCUCAUCAUGUCUUUCUAUGAUAGUGUUUGGAAGUCUCUCCUCUCCAUGCUACUGCCCUCACAUCUGUUUCCUGUUUUUCUGGAGGUCUCUUCUUCAUUUGACUGGGGGAAACCUUCCCCUGAGGGCUGCUGCAAACCAUGAUUUGCCCCAGCGCAGCACACAUGCUCUUGAGCUCUGAACAGACCCCAGCUGUACUGGGAAUACUGGUACCACUGCAGGCUGACAGUCAAGGGCCACACAGGCUUGGCUGCCAGAGUAUUUGCAGCUCAUGGUGAUGUUGACUCCCUUCCUAGUUCUAAAAACUGGCUAAAGCUGGUAAAUCCUGGCACUGUUUUUGCUCCCAAUAUUAACACUACAAUAUAUGGCUGUUCCUCACACUUUGGUACCCAAGACUAACAAAUGGCUGCUGGUCCUUCCCUGGCAGGCAGGGAGCUGGCUGGGGACCCCCAAGCUCUGCCCUGCUACUUCACCUUGUCUUCCUUAACGUUUCAGCAUAAUCAGAGAGCAUGCACACUACUGCAUGUCUCUAAGCAAUACCCUCCUCCCUGCUGUGGGUCUGGUAGGAGAGCAAAGUGGGGGUAGAGCCAGCCUCUGAGCUCUGCGGACAGACGGAAGAUGCUGGAGGGGGGCAGCUGGGGGUGUUCAGUGGCCUGGACCCUGUUCCUACAGCCGGAGAGUGAAUGUUUAGACUCCAUGCUGCUGGUAGGGUUGCAUGGGAUAGGGAGCCAGCAGCUCACUGGGGAAAUGCAGGGCUGCUCUCCUGCAGCGCAGCAGUACCAGGCCACUCCUGCGUGCAGAGAGGUCUGCUCACCUUUGCCAGCUAGGCUGAACUCUGCCUCCCCUCCUCUCGGGCCUGCAGAGCUGCCUGGCUCAGGGAGAACAAGCUGCAUCUUUCUCAGUCUCACUUGAUUUACUAAACGCCAGCUCCAGAUCUGUUGCCUCUGGCACCUGAGAAAUCAGCUUUUCUUUCUGAUGGCAGGGUCGGCUAGCAGGUGGGAGACGGUCACCCCUGCCGAGCUGAGCUGGAGUCAGAGGCAGCACGAAGCUGCUCACUGCUAUUCCUGCGGAGCAACCUUCCUUCCCCAGACCUUAGCUCUUGUGGUGUGCCGAUAACUGUUACAGGUGAUCAAAGGCAGCAGAUACCGGGGCUUCCUGCAGGCCACACCUUCCUCUAGAGGAGGCACCUCCAAGGUUUCCUUCUCUCGGUGAUCACAGAUGUUUAUUUUCCUGCACCCUCCUUCCCCUGCUAGACUUGGAGGGAGCCAAGGCGUAUGAAUGGAGCCUUGUGUAUGGUCUCACCAAUGCCACCCUUCCCUCGGCCAUUGAAGUAGCCGAGAGUCAGGGUGCACAGCUUCAGAAAGAAAUUUCCUACAUCAAGAUGUUUUUAAAUGGUGUAUAUUUUAUAUUAAAUUUUUGGGAUGUAUGUAAAAAUAUUUGAUUUGUAUUAAAACUUGUAAAUUGUAUUAAAAAAAAAAGGAAGCAAACCCA